AUGAACUCUAUGAGGGAUCCAUUAAACACAGACCACCACCACCACCACCACCACACAGGGAAUAAACUUGCGUCCACGCACUACACGGUUCUGGCGAUGGCCUCCAGCUUGCAGCCGCUGCAGCGGUCGGUGGACUCGAAGCACCGGCAUGAGGUGCACACCGUGUCGGACACUUCCAGCCCGGAGUCCGUCGAAAAAGAAAAGAACCAGAGUAAGAACAACAACAACGACGACUCUUCGGAUGACCCCUCGAAAAAGAAGCGGCAGCGGCGGCAGAGGACUCACUUCACCAGCCAGCAGCUGCAGGAGCUGGAGGCCACGUUCCAGAGGAAUCGCUACCCGGAUAUGAGCACCAGGGAGGAGAUAGCCGUGUGGACCAACCUCACAGAGGCCCGGGUCAGGGUUUGGUUCAAGAACCGACGAGCCAAGUGGAGGAAGCGGGAGAGGAACCAACAAGCCGAGCUUUGCAAAAACGGCUUCGGCCCCCAGUUCAACGGACUCAUGCAGCCCUACGAAGACAUGUACCCCAGCUACACGUACAACAACUGGGCCGCCAAGGGCCUCACGUCGGCCUCCCUGUCCUCCAAGAGCUUCCCCUUCUUCAACUCCAUGAACGUCAACCCCUUGUCCUCGCAGACCAUGUUCUCGCCGCCCAACUCCAUCUCCUCCAUGACCUCCAGCAUGGUGCCAUCGUCGGUGUCGGGCGUGCCGGGCUCCAGCCUCAACAGCCUCAACAACUUGAACAACCUCAGCAACCCGUCGCUCAACUCGGGGGUCCCCACGCCGACGUGCCCCUACGCGCCGCCGACCCCUCCUUACGUGUACAGGGACACUUGUAACUCCAGCCUGGCCAGCCUGAGACUGAAAGCCAAGCAGCACUCGAGUUUUGGAUACGUGCAGAAUCCGGCGACGAACCUGAGCGCUUGCCAGUACGCCGUGGACAGACCCGUCUAA